AUGGCGUCUGACAAUUUGGAAGAUGUUUUGAUACAGAGUGGGGUGGACUCGGCCCUCACGAGCUCACUCAUGAUGGAGGGGUGGUCCUGUCAAUCGUUUCGCAUGGCAGCAGCUGACAUUCAUGGAUUUGAAGAUGUUCUCCAGGAAUGGUCGUCUUCUACUCCUUUGUCGGCAUUCCAAAAGGCGUGCCUCCGUACGGCAUUUCAGUCUCUCCAACCUCAACAAGGACCUAGUGCAUCGGCUGUGUCAACCCCAACAUUGAGCACUACCACGCCAGCGGGGUCUUGGGCAGAAGCCUUUCCUCCCAAAUUGGAGAAUGCCGUAUUGCAGGCGAUGAAACAAAAAUUCAUGGCCAACUAUCCAUCGGAAUUGAUCCAUGCAGACCUUUUUCCGUCGACCAGAUUAGUGAGCCUGGUUCAUGACCAGCUCUCCAAGAAGGUUUGGAAAUGGGUGCCAUGGAAGUAUCGCAUCUCGCUCACCAGGUCAGAGGAGAUUUCUAGCAAUCGAGCUCAGAAGAUGCCAAAAAUUGACCACUUGGGGUUACACUCCUUAUUAUUUGAUGAUCCUCCCUCAAUCGACGUGUCCAACAACGCCAUGGGGGUGAACUCGAUUCGCAAUAUGCUCGAAGUUCAUGAUCGGGCCAUUGCCUUGUGCCAAGGCGCUCACCUUGCCAAUCUCAAGGCCUAUACCCACAAAUUCAUCGGGUUUUUGACCGCCAAGUAUGAUGGAGAUUUACGUAACACCAGUGUAUUGGAGGCUCAACAUGCGGACCAAAAAAUUUGGACAGUCAUUGCCGAGCUCAUGGAACGAGGAUGGAACAUGGAUGACUGCUUGCAUGAAAUGACGAAUUUACGUCAUGACCUACCAAGUCUCCUUCAACCACGACCUCGCGUGUUCAAGCCACUCCCAUCACCAUCUUCUCAGACAGCUUCCCCUCGGGGUGAUGGACCGAAAGGCAAAGGCCAAGGGAAGUCAAAGGGCAAGCAGAAUUCCGGGAAAUCCAAGGGCAAGGUCCAAUGGCUCACGGAGAUUCAACGGGAUGGUGGCUUCAAGCAACUCUGCAUGCGAUAUCAGGUGGGCAAGUGUCAGACUCCCAACUGUUUCACCAUGCAUGAUCCAUUCAAUGAGGUUGACUCCGUAGAGACUCUCCCAGUGCAUGACGUGGACCCAGUUCAAGACUUCGCUCCACCUAGUGAUAGUUUUACCCGGGGCCGUUUGUCCCAACCCGAGCAGGCGAAUGCGGUUGGUUAUGGAGCGGCCAGCCCUUCCUGCUGUGAAUACAGCAGACUCAAACUUCGAGAUGAUGACGGUCCCAAGGCUCUACGAUCACCAGAGCACUUGUCUGGUCUGCCCAAUCUCACACCCUGGGAACUGCAACGUGUCCAAGAGAGCUUUAUGAUGCUCUCUCGCUGCGUUGAGGUCCUCACCCUGGUUUUUCAAGCAGGUCUCCGAGACGAUUCUGGUGCUUUUGCCAGUAGGGCGACGGCACAAUACCCACUGAAACUGGCACAAUUGUUUGCCAAUCUUGUGGCCCCAUUACUGGACACAUCAGGGUUGGACCUCCAAUGGUCAGAUUUGGAUGCCCUCAUGCCCACCAAGCAACUGUCGGAGUAUCCAUUUUCGCAAAUCGAUGGGGGUGGAGCUUUUUCCCACCCGGACUGGAGUCAGGAUAAUCGUCAAGAACACGACUGGUUCAAGACUCUGCGUACUUCGUGGAUGAACAGGAUCAUCUCUGAGCGGUUGGAUAAGAUCCUACUGGCGCAUGUGGCUUCGGGCAACCCGUCACCGCCUUUUUCGGUGGAAAUCCUGACCCCAUUCAAGGCUGAUCUGGAGCAAUUCUUGGAGGCACAUGGACAUACACCAGAUUGGUCAGUUCGACAACAUCAACCAAUACAUCUUCAUAUUUUACAUUCUUUCCAAAAGAUUAUGCAUGACGUCGAUUUUACAUUAUUGCCCAGUCUAUUAGAAGGUGUUCGAACUGGUUUUUCCACAGCGAUUCCUCCGUCGGGUAUUUUUCCACCCAAAGAACGUACGGACAUAGAACCCGAUCCAUUGUCAGCUCACCUUUCCAACUGGCAGAGCGCUGAAGAAGAUCUACCACUCACCCGAGAACUGGUUCAGGAAGAAAUUGACAAGGGUUGGGUGUUUCCGUAUAAAGGUUCUUUGGAAGAAGCACAACAAGAAUAUCCGGCCGGAGUUGCUAUUGGAAAAUUGGGCGUGGCUCGCUCGGAUAGUCGAGCCCCCCGAUUAGUUGUAGACUCCAGCGUAUGCGGCCUCAACGGUCGGUGUAUCAUACCUGAGAGGUCCACCCUCCCGACUGCCAAGGAGGUGUUACGUAGCUACCCUCUACGUCAGUGUCAGAGGAAUCUAAUGGGCUUUUCUUUAGACGUUAAGGCUGCUCAUAAAAGAAUAGUUCUUCAUCCGGACGAAUGCGGAUUGGUGGGCUUUUCGCUAGAGGGACAGCUUUUCUUCUAUAGAGUUACCCCAUUUGGUGCAAUUUUCUCUGCCUUUUGGUGGGCGAGAUUGGGUGGCCUCCUUCUCCGGAUCUUUCACCAUUUGAUCUGGUUGAGUCACGCUGGAUUUCUAUAUGUGGAUGACUUCUUAUUCUUUAUGGAAGCCAACAUGAUGCCGCUGUCAGCCACAUUGUUGUGUAUUUUCUGCCAGCUUUUGGAAAUUCCUAUCAGCUGGAAGAAGACGGCCAUGCACUCUUCCAUUGACUAUAUUGGCUGGAAAUUCAAUUUCAAUGCAGGUAUCGUGACAAUCCCCAUUGAAAAGAUCCUCAAACUCCGAGGAUACAUCGAACAUCUUAUUUCCCAGCCACGAACUACUCGUAAGUCUUUGGAGAAACUUAUUGGCCUGGCAAUGUGGAUUACUCAAUUAUUUCCACUUAUGCGGAUCUGGAUCCACUAUUGGUACCACGAUCUCUACACCAUCCCGGCGACACAUUUCAGUAUUGAUGCUGGUACAUGGCCUCGCAUUCAUCAAUAUUUAACACCUACUUUGACUUUUCAUACAGCACCUUUGGGCUCCGCUAUACCUAUUUCAGGUAAGCUCAUUGCUGUUCGACAUCAAGCGGUAUCCUCAUUGGCGGAUCUGACAUCGUUACAUAUCAAAACAGAUAACAGGAUUUGGCUACGGAUUAUCAAUCCGAAUUCCUCCAAACGCAAGCUUCGUCCUGAUUCUCUUCGUAUUUUGAAGUUAUUUGAACAUUGGCUGAUGGGUGUUUCUCCAUCUCGACCAAUGAGAGCGAAGCCAUAUUGGAAUGGCGUUGCGGCAGCCGAUGCAUGUGCAUCGGGUUCCUAUUGUCAAAUUGGAGGUUUCAUCCGUCAUCCUUCAGGAGUCCAAUUUUGGUUUUCUGAGAAAUUUUCCCAUGCUGAUUUUGACAUUUUGUCAAUUCAUUUGGACCCAAAUAUGCAACGAAGCAUUGCUUCUUUUGAAACUUUAGCCCAAAUUGCUUUAGUUUGGCUGGUGGCCACAUCUUUUCCCGGUUUUCGUAUUCCUAUUUGUGUGAAAUCCCUGAGCGACAAUACGGGAGCAAAGAGCGUGAGCAACAAAUUAUUCACUACGACUCAUCCUCUAUGUCUCUUUGUCGAGAUCCUCACGUGCCUGGCUUCGACAACGGGUAUUGAAUUGGAUGUGAGCCAUAUUCCUGGCGCGGACAGUGUCACAGCGGAUGAUCUGAGCAGAUGGGAUUUUUCCACUCCCAUCCCACAUGAUUUUCAACCAAGUGAAAGGAUUCAUCUUUCACUCAAUCAACUAUUUCGUUGUUCACCUCACCCAACAUUGCAUCCUCCUGAGUCAAAACUCCUUUGGAAACUCCCACAUCCUCUUGCGAUGUGA